AUGCCAAACGAAAGUUUUGAAUUUGACCUGCAGGAAGAAGGAUGGGUAGUUUGCAGGAUGUUCAUGAAGAAAAUGGCGACAACAAGGAAGGAAGAAGAGCAUGAAUCCCUAUGUUGGUACGAUGAUCAAGUUUCUUUCAUGCCCGAUUUUAAUUUCUCGAGGCCAAUAUCUCAACCUUAUACUACUUCAUAUCAUCCUCACUACACCUGCAAACAAGAACUCGAGUUGCAAUACAACAUGCCUCAUGAUGCAUUCUUCCAGCUUCCCGAAUUAGAAAGUCCGAAAGUUCCACAAUCCACAGCCAGUAGCUCGAUAAUCCCUUGCGGUGUUUUGCAGUUCUCAUCACUUGGACAUGAAGAAAAUGUGCAACAAAAUAAUCAAUUGCACAUUAGUGAGAUUUACAGCAAUGAUCAAGCUGCAGUGGAUCAAGUAACUGAUUGGCGAGUGCUCGACAAAUUCGUUGCAUCUCAACUUAGCCAAGAUGAUGCUACAAAUGAUAAUGCCUACUCGACUGAGCCGUCAGAUCAACUUUCUGACCAAAAUGAGCAUAAUGCAUACUGA